UCAGCGGGCGGAAAGUUCGCGACGCUCUACUACAAAAACGCGGAAGAAUCUCCUCCAUGCAGCAACUAUGUUUCAUCCACUCCUUUGUGUCGUGCCGUUCCUGCUAGCGCUCUUCGCCAGAUGCGGCUGCAAUGAAAUAACAAGCAUCGUCGUGGGCGAGUCUUCUGAAGAAAUUCCCGACGAUGAACCAGACCGUGCGGUUUGGCUAACAUGCCACACAGAACAGAGCUCGGGCAACGCAUGUCCAGAUGCCGUAAACAGAACUAUGUUCUACCACGAUCCUCGCACCAAGAAAUGCACACCGUUCACUUUCCUUGGAUGUGGUGGCAACAGCAACAAGUUCGACACACGUCCCCAUUGUGAAAGGUUCUGUAAAGUGAGACCCGAAGGCCCUUGCGGAGAAAAGGAGGACGACGGGCCAUGCAGGGCAAGCAUCCUCAGAUAUUACUUCGACUGGAAAACAUGGCAAUGUCUCAGCUUUAUCUACGGAGGAUGUGAAGGCAACAACAACAAUUUCCAAACACAAGAAGAUUGCCGGCGUACAUGCAAGUGCGUAAAUAACUACGCGUACGAAUACUAGGAAAACAACGCUUCAGCGGUUCGGCCGUUCGGCUACCAUUGGGGACGAGGCUAUUUGAGAAAAUGGAGGAACGAUGGAGCCGUACGGUGUUGCGGGAUGUGCUGCAUAAAAAGGAUAAUCACUGCA